GCGCCCCCCGAGCGCCUGGAGGCCCUGGGUGAGCGGACGCUCUCCGGGCAGGCGACGGGGUGGCAGGGCUGGGGGCCGUGAGUGUCUCGUGGUUGGCAAACCGGACCACACCGGAAUCUCCUAGUCGCCGGCGGUGACUACCGGGCCCCCACCCAUGGCUGGGGCACGUCCCAGCCCCAGGAGGUCGCAGGAAACUUUACCCCCGCGCGGGCCGAGCCAAGCCUCUGCGUCCCCUGUGGCUUGCGGGCCGUCCCCCUGCUCCUCCUCCUCCCCCGGUCCUCGCCCUCCCUGCCGCUCCCUCCUCCCUCCCCUCCCCCUCCCCCUCGCCCGGCUGGAGGCGGGCAGGUCCGGGCGGGACCGCGCCUCUGCCCACAGCCCCGCGCUCCCGGCCGGGUGUCGCCGCCGCUCCCCGCGGGAGGAGCGGCCGAGCCAGGCCCGGCGGAGCGAGCGGCCGGCGCAGAUGAAGUUGGGCGCGCACGGAGCCCGGAGCAGGGGAGCGGCGGAGCGGGGAGCCGCCCGCAUCUAGAGCCCGCUCGGUGCGCCAUGGAGCUCGGGGGCCCGGGGGCGCCGCCGCCGCCGCCAGCGCUGCUGCCGCCGCUGCUGCUGCUGCUGGGCGCCGGCCUCCUGCCCGCCAGCAGCCACGUGGAGACCCGGGCCCACGCGGAAGAACGGCUGCUGAAGAAGCUCUUCUCUGGCUACAACAAGUGGUCCCGGCCCGUGGCCAACAUCUCGGAUGUCGUCCUUGUGCAUUUCGGCCUGUCCAUUGCACAGCUCAUUGACGUGGAUGAGAAGAACCAGAUGAUGACGACCAACGUGUGGGUGAAGCAGGAGUGGCACGACUACAAGCUUCGCUGGGACCCUGCUGACUACGAGAACGUGACCUCCAUCCGCGUCCCCUCCGAGCUCAUCUGGCGGCCGGACAUCGUCCUGUACAACAACGCCGACGGGGACUUUGCCGUCACGCACCUGACCAAGGCCCACCUCUUCCACGACGGGCGCGUGCAGUGGACGCCCCCCGCCAUCUACAAGAGCUCCUGCAGCAUCGACGUCACCUUCUUCCCCUUCGACCAGCAGAACUGCACCAUGAAGUUCGGGUCCUGGACCUACGACAAGGCCAAGAUCGACCUGGUGAGCAUGCACAGCCGCGUGGACCAGCUAGACUUCUGGGAGAGCGGCGAGUGGGUCAUCGUGGACGCCGUGGGCACCUACAACACCCGCAAGUACGAGUGCUGCGCCGAGGUGUACCCCGACAUCACGUACGCCUUCGUCAUCCGCCGCCUGCCGCUCUUCUACACCGUCAACCUCAUCCUGCCCUGCCUGCUCAUCUCCUGCCUCACGGUGCUCGUCUUCUACCUGCCGUCCGAGUGCGGCGAGAAGGUCACGCUCUGCAUCUCGGUGCUGCUCUCGCUCACCGUCUUCCUGCUGCUCAUCACCGAGAUCAUCCCGUCCACCUCGCUGGUCAUCCCGCUCAUCGGCGAGUACCUGCUCUUCACCAUGGUCUUCGUCACCCUCUCCAUCGUCAUCACCGUCUUCGUGCUCAACGUGCACCACCGCUCCCCGCGCACGCACACCAUGCCCGCCUGGGUCCGCCGCGUCUUCCUGGACCUCGUGCCGCGCCUGCUGCUCAUGAAGCGGCCGUCCGUGGGCAAGGACAACUGCCGGCGGCUCAUCGAGGCCGUGCACAAGGGGGCCGGCGCCCCGCGCUUCUGGCCCGAGCCCCCGGGCGAGCCGGACCGCGGCCCCGCGCCGCCGCGGCCCUCGCCGGGGCCGGGGCCCCCUCCCGCCGGCCCCCGGGCCCCGGGGCUCGCCAAGGCCAGGUCCCUGAGCGCCCAGCACGUGUCCAGCCCCAGCGGAGCGCCGGAGGGCGGCGUGCGGUGCCGGUCUCGGAGCCUCCAGCCCUGCGUUCCCCGAGGGGAAGGCGCUGCCCAGGCCGACGGCCUGGCGCACGAUGCCGCUGCCGCCGCGGUGCACGACGACAAUGACGCCGCGGCGCAUGCCGCCGACGCCACCGCCGCCGCCGCCGCCCCCGCCUCUCUGACCAAGGCCCCCUCGGCCGAGCUCCCGCCCCCAGACCAGGCCUCCCCCUGCGAAUGCAAGUGCAGGAAGGGGCCCGGGGUCCCCGGCACGGCCCUCCAGGCCCCCCGAGCCAGAGCGCCGCCCCCGCCCCUGUCUCCGGCCCUGGUGCGGGCGGUCGAGGGCGUCCAGUACAUCGCGGACCACCUGAAGGCCGAAGACACGGACUUCUCGGUGAAGGAGGACUGGAAGUACGUGGCCAUGGUCGUCGACCGCAUCUUCCUCUGGGUGUUCGUCAUGGUCUGUCUGCUGGGCACCGCCGGCCUCUUCCUGCCGCCCUGGCUGGCCGGCAUGAUCUAGGGGCCAGGGCGCCGGGUCGCAGCGGCUCUCGGGCUGUUCCCGGCUCUCCGCGGGGCUCCCUGCACGCGCCAGAUUGCCCCCCUUCUUCUGCAGCGAGGCGGCCUUGGAGGAAGCUGCUGCCCCUGGGGGAGGCCGGCUCUGGGGCCGGUCAGGGCUUGUCCACACGCAGGGAGGUGUCCCUGCUGUCAUUAAAGUUUAUGGGGGGCAUGGCAGCAUGGUGGCCUCCUGCCCACGUGCCCACCCUCGGCAAACUGUCCAGGGGCCACGACCCUCAGCCCCUCCCGGCCCCCCAAGCGCCCCCCACCUGGGUCCUCGAGGCCCAGGCACUGAGCCCGGCCUGGCCGCCCCCUACCUCCCCGCGCGUGGGCAUCUUGGGUCCUCGGACCUGCUCUCUGACCCCAGAGGAGAGUCAUUUGCCAGUGGAUCCGAGCAGGGCAUUUAUUUCGGUCCUUCUGGGCAAAUGAGUGAAAAGCCAGGUCUCGUGCCCGUGGGGCCUUGGGGUAGAGUUGCUGGGUCUGGUCCCGCCUGGAGGAGAAUCAGGGGGCAGGUCCCAUGGGGGAGGGGCCGCAGGCCCUGGGGAGUCUAGAAGUCCCCCUUCCAGGGGUGCUGGGGGUCUCGGGCAAGCACUUGUCAGGGCCCUGGUGACACCCCCCCCCCAGGCCCCCGUGGGCCCUGAUACUUGGUGAGGGGCCUGGUCCGGGUUCCUUGUCAAUUCUCCAGGACACCUCGCCUGGGGGGCUCCCCUCUGCUCUAAGCCUGGGGGGCUCCCCUCUGCUCCCAGCCUGGGGGCUCCUCUGGGCACAGACACAGGAAGGGCCUCUCUGACGUGGGCGCCACAGUGAACCCUGAGGACAGCUCAUCCUCUGACUCAGGACCCUGUGGGGUGUGGUCCCUGGGGGGCGGCUCCCACACAGCCCAGGAGCCUCUGCCCACACCACACAGGGCUGCCCUGCCAGGAGGUGGGAGAGAGGUCCUGGGGCCCAGUGUCCCCCAUCAAGGCUGAGCACCAGGCGGCAUCUGCCGUGUCCCCGUGACCCUGGGAAGACUCGGCCCUGGAUGCGGGUCAAGGGUGGCGCUGCCCCAGCUCUCCUGAUUCCUCGGAACCCUCAGGCUGCAGGUGCCCGGGGGGGAGGGGGGGAGCAGGACCAGGUGGCCACUUCCCCAGGAAUGCCAUCUGGUUGGAGGGCCCCUGCCCUCCCCCUCAGGGGGAGGGGACUCCCCCCUAUGAAGGUCACACUCCCGCCUCUCGGAUCCCAGGGCCUCGGGGUGUGGCCGGCAGGUUGGAGCCCCGCGUCCCCCCAGGCCAUGCCUGGGUCCGCCGGUACUUGAGGGAACAGAAUGAAUAAUUCAGUGAAGUUCAGACUGAGCGCCUGGUGAACUGAACACUGUGGCUGCCAAGGGCCAGCCGGGCGGCAAAGCUGGGGCAGCGGAGGGGGGUGUAUGGGCGGGGGUCGUAGCCCCCCCCAGCCGCCUGGGAAGCAGGACCAGCCCCAGAACAUUUAGGGCCCGGUCUGCCCAGCUUUGGUCGGCGCUCGCCUCCCGGGGCGUCCCUGGGGCCGGAUCCAGGCACCAGGCCCAAGCCCAGGCAGCCAGUUCAGCAGGACCCAGGACCGGGCGGCCGCUGGCCCGAGGAGGCAGCAGGUUUUGCACGUAAGCGCCUCAAUCCGCCUUAUGUAAGCGGAUCCAGCGCGGACGUGGGGCGGCCCAGCCGCACACGCUCUUUUCUGGGUCGGGAGAGACCGGAGCCCCUUCUUGUUUCUGCUUCUCCUCCUUUGAGACUCAGACACGAGUCGGGAAAUGGCACGCGGGGCGCAGCUCUCACGUCCCCUCCAGAGCCACCCCCCCCCCGCCCUUGGGGGUGUUUGUCCCCAGGGGGGUUAUCGAUGGAGGUAAAUGUACCUCUGGCAAAAUCCCUGGUCUUAAGCCCUCAGAUCAGUGGGUUUUACUAAAUUCGGCCCCAAGGCCCCGUCCCUGGAGCCCCCUCCCCAGCCCCUUCCAGCCUGUGCCCCGGGGCAGCGCUGGCUCUGCCCCUCGCCUGGGCUGGCGGUGUCCGUCCCUGCCCUGGUGUGAGCGGACAACCCGUGUGCAGCCCCGCCCUCCCUCCCCUCGGGGGUGCCGUGUGGCCGAGCCCCUCUGUGACCUUGUCUCAUCUGUGAAUAGUUGUGUCGUUAGCUGUGGAGUCGUGUCCUCCGUCUGAAUAAACGAAAGCAGGUCUGUGUCCCCGUCCCCCGCGCGGGCCUCUGUCCUGUCGCCCUGACUUGGGCUGCUGUCUGCGGUCUCGGGGGCGUUCUUCCCCUUUCUCUCUGUCUUGACUGCGUUUCGUUUGUGUCUGGUGGCAUUUGGACGCCCUGGGGGCCGUACGGACCCGGGAGAGGACUGUGGGGCACCUCUUGUUGAAAACACCAACCCUUCCCCAUUAAAAUGUAUAAAACCCGUUUCCUCAUC